CCUCGGCGCUUUCGUUUAUGGCCUCAAAUCCCCAUCGGCCGCUUAUGGAGGAGCCAUCGGUGCCAUCGCCCCCAGAAAAGUCGCCACCUUCCUUCCCUUCUUUGCCUGCUGGUCGCUCCGGCAAGCUUGUGCUUUUCCUGGUUUACACCAGCUUCGUUUCCGUCGAUCUCGCUCUUCCCCGGAAGGGAUUCAAGGCCUUCCGGGGCUUUAUUUGCGCUAAAUAUCCACAUUUAGGCCUUCGGGAUCAAGGAGCGAGAGCUUUCUUUGUCUUUGAGCUUAUUUUAUCGUGUCCUCCAGUCGGCGGAAUCUCCAGUUCCAUAUUGAAAGUUAGGGUUUUUUUUUUGUUGGUGGUUCGGGGGCUCAAGGACCGGAAAGAUUUGAUCUUUACAUAUAAACGCUCCAAGUUCGUCGAUCGUGGGCUUGAAGGAUCGAAUUGAGGCAUUAGAGGGGAAUAGACAGUUAACCCUAUUGGUGGAAAUACUUCAAAAUGAGUCGCCCUCAUUUUCCCUUGAAGAAGAGUUUCUCGUUGUGCCCAGUUUCACGCAAUUCAAAGAUCCAUGAAGUGACGAAAUGGCAUGAAUCCCCCCCAGAGAAAACUCCUAAUGGAAAAAUUCAAAAUGAUAUUGGAAAUGCAAACAUUGCAGCGGAAACUUUCAUGUUCCUUGAACUUGCUUCAGCUACCAAGAAUUUUAGACGAGAAUAUCUUUUGGGCGACGGAGGGUUUGGUAGAGUCUACAAGGGUUGCCUUGAGAAAACUGGGCAGAUUGUAGCUAUAAAGCAGCUAGACAGGAUUGGCUUCGAAGGGCACCAAGAAUUCCUUGUUGAAGUACGGACUCUCAGUCUUCUUCGUCAUGAAAACCUAGUCAAGCUUAUCGGAUAUUGCGCUGAUGGUGAUCAAAGACUUUUGGUUUAUGAGCAUAUGGCUAAGGGCUCCUUGGUAGACCACGUGCUAGAUAUCUCACCUGAUCAGAAACCUCUAAGCUGGCAUUCUAGGAUGAAAAUAGCUCAUGGUGCCGCUCGAGGUCUAGAGUAUUUGCAUGAGAAAGCCAACCCGCCUGUGAUAUACCGCGAUCUUAAAUCAUCCAACAUUCUACUUGAUGAAAAUUUCGAUGCAAAACUCUCCGAUUUUGGGCUCGCAAAGCUAGGUCCUACAGGAGAGAAAGCCCAUGUCUCCUCAAGGGUGGCUACCUAUGGCUACUGUGCACCUGAAUAUGCAAAAACAGGUCAGCUUACUCUGAAGUCAGAUGUCUACAAUUUCGGUAUGGUUAUGCUCGAAUUAAUCACCGGAAGGAGGAUUGUCGACACAACUAGGCCAACAAAUGAACAGAACCUCAUUGCUUGGGCAACGCCGGUGUUCAGAGAUCAGAAGAGGUUCCCAGAGAUAGUUGAUCCGCUACUGGAGAACUACCCGGCAAAGGGCCUAAGCCAAGCAGUUGCAGUUGCUGCAAUGUGUCUCCAAGAAGAGCCUUUGGUUCGCCCAUUAAUGAGCGACGUUGUAGCGGCAUUGAGCUCUCUUGCAAUCGAAGAUUCAGCAUCUAACGACUCCCUAUCAGACGAUUUCGAGUGUCAAGUUUUAGCCAGAGUGGGUUGAGUUAGGAGUCUGCUUUAAACUUGAAAUUUUUUUUACAGGAAAUGUGCACUUGUUUGUUGUAUCCAUGGCUCAUGGCUCUGCUACUACUGGACUCUUAAUUGCUUUCAUUAUUGAACAUGGGAAUUGGAGAUGGCAAUUGGGUUGGGCUGUCGUAGGCCAGUUGGGCCUAGCAUGGUAUGAGCCCAUAUAAUCAUAUUUAAUAUUUUAAUAAAAAUAAUUGUAUUUCUAUUAUUAUUAUUA